CCCAGGUAUUUCUUAGGUUAACUCAAUACAUUGGACGACAGCUUUCUUAACCACGUACAUAAACACAUGCACACAUGCACAAACACACACACACACACAGGCACACAAACGACUCCCUAAACAAUCUCCCUGAGUGAUGUUAACGCACCUAUGACCCAGAUCAAUGGAUGCCGGCUGUGAUGAACUGAUACCACAACACCAAGCCAGCACGACAUAAGUCAAGAUGACUUCUACGCCGGGGCCUCUCUCGCCGCAGAGUGCGCCGACACCCUCGUCUUUGGCAGCCAAGACUCCAACUCCCCUUUCUUCCAAGGUCACAACGGUGAUUUCAUCAUCUUAUGCAGACACGGAGUUUCGGGAGUCUCUAACACUGCUGGACGAGCGAGGCAUCCUCAACACAGCAGAGACGCGCCGGCAACUUCGUUUAGACUUGCAGAAGGAGGUCAUCGAUAGCAAUGGCGAGAUCAUCGAUGAGUUCGCCAAAGUUGCUGAACAACUCCGACGCAUCGGCACUACAAUUGGUCGGCUGAACGAGACCUUCAGUGAGAUGAAGACGCAAAUCGGUGUAGCCCACACUGCAACCUCGUCAGCCCUGACGGAGGCUUCGCAGCUGAUGGCUCAAAGGCGCCAGAUCGAGCAGAAGCAAACGCUGCUCAGUGCUUUCAAUGCGAACUUUGUGCUUUCCGAGGACGAUACCGCAGCCCUGACACUGUCUUCGGAACCGGUAGACGACCUAUUUUUCGCUACGCUCUCGAAGGCGAAGAAAAUCAACAAGGACUGCGAGAUUCUUCUGGGCUUCGAGAGCCAGACGUUGGGUUUGGAGAUCAUGGAGCAGACGUCCAAGAAUCUCAAUCUCGGCUUCCAGAAGCUCUACAAGUGGGUCCAACGGGAGUUCAAGACACUCAAUCUAGAGAAUCCGCAGAUCAGUUCUUCGAUCAGGAGGGCUCUUCGCGUGUUGGCCGAGCGUCCCAGCUUGUUCCAGAACUGCCUCGACUUCUUCGCCGAGGCGCGCGAGCAGGUGUUGGGUAACUCGUUCUAUACAGCAUUGACGGGAAGUUCGCCCUCCGGAGUGGAGGACACCACGGUCAAACCAAUUGAGCUCGUGGCGCACGAUUGCUUGAGGUAUGUUGGGGAUAUGCUUGCCUGGACGCACUCUGCUGCUGUCGGCGAGCGAGAGGCGCUGGAAGGCUUGUUCGUCGGCGGAGGCGAUGACAUUGCCAAGGGCAUCCAAGCUGGUCGGGAGAAUGAAGUCUGGCGGCUUGCCGCCGAAGACGGAGAGUACGCGGAUGACGAGUUUGACGCGGUAAGGACGCUGAACGAGCUGGUUGACCGCGAUAUGUCUGGGGCGGCACGCAUACUUCGUCAGCGGGUGGAGCAGGUCAUACAGACCAACGAGGAGACGAUUUUGGCUUACAAGCUGGCAAACUUGCUCGGUUUCUAUAAGAGCACGUUCUCGAAGCUGCUUAGCCCGGACUCCUCACUUGUGGAAUUAUUGGGGAUCCUCGAAUCUGAGGCGCUGCGACAGUUCCGUUCAUUGACUCGUGACCAUGUUGCGGCGAUUCAGGGCGACUUCCACCAGACGCCUGUCGAUCUACGCCCUCCAGAGUUCCUUGCUGAUGCGCUGGAACAGCUCGAGGCAAUCAUGAAGACGUACGAGACUUCGUUUACUUCUUCGGGCGACCCCGAAGAAGAGUUCGAGCCUGUGUUGACGGAGGCAUUUGACCCCUUUAUGUCCGGUUCAGCCAACAUGGUCGAGACGCUCCGUUCCCCGUCGAACUCUAUCUUUCUCACCAACUGUCUCAUGCUCGCACGGAGCAGUCUGUCGCGAUUCGACUUCACGCAGCGGCGGGUGGCGCAGCUGCAGGCGCAGAUCGAGCAGGAGAGGGCCCGCCUUGUCAAGUCGCAGUAUGAGUUCUUGCGCAGCGAAUCUGGGUUAGACGGCCUGAUCACGUGGCUGAAGCCGCUGGGUGGGAGCAAAGAGGAUGUAGAGAAAGUGUCGUCGCUUGAAGUCGUCCAGCCCAUGGCCCUUGAGCAGGCUAGUCAGAUGCUGGACGACUUCCUGCCCUCUGCACUGAUGGAUGCGAUGGAAAGGUUGAAGAACUUGCAGGAUUCAGGGCUGGCUCAAGCAAUUACCGAGGAGGCCGCCGAGAAGUUCUGUGUGGACUUUGAGCACGUCGAGGAGAUGCUGAUGCUUGCGGACGAGAUGGCCGAGCAACAGCAGAGGGAGUCAGAUGACUUUCAGAGCCUGCGGGCAAUAUUUCCUAGAACGUCGGGGGAAAUCCGUGUGCUGCUUUCCUGACGGGCAGUAUCAUACCUUACUCGCUCAUCAAUAGCAUACUUCAAGGGUUCUGUGCAUAUGGUAUUGUACAUCUUCUGUCGUGUCCUGAUUCAUCCUAGCUUGAGCUACCAUGGCCCUAGCAGAUGCCGUGAGGCCACACGGCACCUGGCAAUGACGGCGAGCCUCUUUUCAGACAGUGUACCAUUGGGAGGAUCGCCGUGGUGAGCGUCUCUUCAACUAUGCCCAUACUUACUAGUAAAGUAGUAAAGCACCUAUUGAACGUGGAGUUUGUCUGGCUCUAGUGCUGGCUCGGCUCACGAACCACUUGUAUUGUACAGUUCC